AUCUAAGAAUGCUUGAUAAGAAUUAUCACAUUAAAUUAAACUUUUCCCAAGCAACAUUAAAAGAAUUAAGAGUUCCUUAUUUCCAUAUAGAUAAAGGAUGCCAAUUUAAUCAAUAAGAUCUAUCAGAGUAACAAAUGAUUAAAGGCAUUUGUCCCAUUUGUAAAGCUCAAAAAAUAGAAAACUUAAGUUAAGAUAUCAUACAACAAGAUGACAAUCUAUUAAGUUAAAUUGAAUUAAAAAACGAGAGAUAAAUAGUUUAUGAGGCUAAGAACAAAGCACUUUAUUUUAUGAAAAGAAGGAAUUAUACAUAAGACAUUAUAAGUUCAACAAAUGAAGUGCAUUUAUUAUAAUAAAACUUUUAUAAAAAUAUGAUAGAAAAAAAACCCAUUACCUUAGAGCGUAUUUAAGAACUUGCUUUAUAAGUAUAAUUUAUUGAAUAUAUUAGAGAAAUUAAAAAUAUAUAAAUUGCCUCUCAAAUUUCUCAGAAUAAUAACAAAUACCUAUUUUAAUGGCAGUUUUAAACAACAAAUUAGUACUAUUUUAUCAUUUGUACAAACUCAAGGUAGAAUUAAAUUUGUUGGAUGUAACAAAUACUAAAAUAAGAUAAAAAAUUUAGAUUAAUACUCAUGGAGUUUUACAAUAGAUUAUCUUUUUUGAGAAAGAGAUAUAUUUCCUAUAUUUAAGAUAGAAUGUCUCAUCACUCUACAAAGGAGAAUUUUAAUAAAUUUUUACACCAUAAAAUAAUUAGGAAACCUAAUUCCAAAUAAAGUAGCAUUCUAACUUAAGAAUUGAUGGCCCAGCCAGAUUAAUCGAAAUCGAACAUGACAUUAAAGGUUAGGGUAAAAUGAACGAUCUUAUCAUGCUUGGAAGUAAGUAUUGUGUAAUAAAAUAUUUUAGAUAAAGUCUUUUAUUCAAUUAAAUAAACCUGCAUUUUAGAGCAUAAUUUGGAUCGAUUGUUACAUAAUACAUUAUUUCAUUAUUUUAUUAAUAAUAAAUAAGUUCUAAUGGUGAAUUAGGAGGAGAUUUAAGAUACCAAUAAAAAUAAUCUACUAUACUUUUGUUACGAUCUCUCUAAACCAAAAUUCAUGUAAGACCCCAAAAACAUUCAAGAAGUAAUGCAAUCAUAUUUGAAAUAUGAUAAUUUUUUGACUUUCGGGGAUUAAAUGGUAUUGUUCAAUACAUAAGAUUUAAAAAAUGAAAAAUGCCAAACUUUAUCAAUUUCCAGUUGGUUACCCAACACUAAAAGAAUCCAUCCUCUCUCCAUGAAUGUCAAUGUUUUGAAUCAUCAUAGUUACAUGCAACCAAUCAAAAUUAAUUCCACACAAAAAUCUAUGAACAAUAUCACUUGUAAAUUGAUUGGACUAAAAUUGGCAAGGAAGUAAUGAAUUAAGCUAUUAAAUUAGGGAUAUCUAAUAACAGGAGAAUGAAUCAGAUGUCUUUCCAGCAUUAUUAGUGUAUAAUGGCUAGACAUAAUCAUUUGAAGUUGAGCUUAUUUGAUUAUCAUCAAAAUAGAG